AUGGGCUAUCCCGGAAGAUAUUUACCAUGGAUUGCUUUGUUCGCUUUUGUCCGUCAAGGAAUGAGCAGAGGUGAUUGCAGAAACAAUACUGUUGAAAUUCAAAGAUCCUAUGAAUUUGAUUCACUUGCUGGUUUUCUAAAUGAUGCAAUCGACUACAGCAAAGAUCCUUGCGAAGAUUUUUAUCAAUUUGCCUGUGGAAAAUGGAUAAAAGAAGGGAAAGAAUCAGUUGAAGAACUGACUGAUGCACAAUUUCGUUACAGUUUGAGCAGAUUCGAAGUAAUAUUAAAUACUUUCUUCCUUUCCGAAGAAGUAUCUAGCUCAAAGUCAGUGAAUGCAAUGAAAGAGGUGUACAAGAACUGCAUGUCAAGUGAUGAUGAUUGGAAGUCGGAUGGAGGACCUAUCAAGUUUGUCUUAGCAAGAAUUGAAAAAUAUGGUUAUUUUCCGCUAAUAGAUGGUGACGAAAGAGAAACAGAUAUUGAUCGAACACACCUGCUUGCGUAUUUCAACAAAAACAAGACUGUGGUCAAGUCGGUUGUACCCUUAAUUGAAAUGAAUUAUAUGGCUAAUAUCUCCGAAGUUGGGAUUUUGUUCGACCCAGUAAACGAUUUCCCUUACUCCGAACCUGACAAGAUAAUUUAUGGGAAAGGAAACCGUACGUACUCAAGCCUUGAGGAGCUUUUAUUCGAUGUGUCGUGGAAGAUCUGCAGCAAAGUACGCGUCAAGUGCAACGAAAGUUUGAUCCGUCAAGGUGUAAAAGAAACGAUAGCUUUGGUUGCAAAGAUCAACGGACGGACCAGGAAUUUUGCUGAUGACAGAAAAAAAUGGUACCGCUUAAGCGAGCUAGAUGACAAACUCUCGUCGGUUAAUUGGACUAAGUACUUCAUUAUGACGGCGCCGCCUGAUACGCACAGCUACUUUCUUGCAGAUCCUUUGGUUCAUGUUCCAAACAUAAAAUACGUGGAAGAGUUGGACGGAAUUCUGCAGAACACACCCAAAAGGAUACUAGCAAACUUUGUGAUUCUCCAAUACAUCCUUUCAUGGGCAAAAUAUUUAGAUGACGAUUAUAGGAAACCAGUAAAGGAAUAUCUGGAAGAUGUGGGAGUAGGCAACCUUCCCUUGAAAACUACUUCUUGUUUCACUGUAACGACUAAAAUGUUUGAUGCUGCAUUCACGUCUGUAUAUGCACGAAAAUUUAAUGGCAGUGCUAAUGAGAAGCUAGUGGAAAGACUUACUCGUGAAAUAUUUGCCUCUUUUAAAGAAAGAAUAAAAGAAAACAAAUGGAUGACAAGCGAGCAGAAAGAGUUUGCAAUUUUGAAGGCAGAACGAAUGAAAAUUUACGCCGCCUAUGAGGAUGUCCAUCUUAAUGACAGUGAACUAGAUAAUCGUCACAAAGAUCUCAUUGAAAUGCAACAUCAAAGGUUUCUAGAGGUGCUGGACCAAUAUAACCACUUGCAGAGUAUAUCACUCUUCAGAAGAUUGCUGUACUUUAACGCUGCGGACGUAUACGUCCCUAACCUCGUAGAAUCGUCUUCUGGUCCCUACUAUGUUUCAAGAUAUAACAUGAUGGUUAUACCUGUAUCCUCCCUUCACAUGCCGUUUUUUCACAGCGCUUAUCCAAUUUCAUACAGUUAUGGGUCAAUCGGUUCCAUAAUCGCACACGAGCUAAUGCAUGGUUUUGACAAUAACGGAAUAAAGCAUGAUGAAAAUGGAAAUCCAAGAACUUUUAACAAGAACGAUUGGCUGGAAUUUACUAAGGGAGCAACAUGUUUGGAAGAACUGUACAGCAACUCUUCGAUCCCUGGUACCGAUUUCAAAGUAAACGGCUUCCGCACACUUAGUGAAAACAUUGCCGAUGUAGAAGGACUUAAGCAAUCAUUUAUGGCGUAUAAAAACUAUCAGAAAGAAAAGGGAUAUAGAAAGGAAGGUCGGCUAUACAGAAUGGAAGAUAUAGCUGCAGACCAGCUGUUCUUUCUGGGACACGCCUUUACAUUCUGCGAGAAAUUCAAAAAGAACAUGGGAGUCUCUAUCCUUAUGGAUAUCCACGCACCAUCAGUUCUAAGAGUCAACAAUGUUGUGUCCAAUAUAGAGGAAUUUGCUGACACCUUCCGUUGUUCACCGGGUUCACCAAUGAAUCCUGAGAAUCGUUGUUCGAUCUACUGA